AAUAUCGUCGGUAAUCAAAUCAAAUUACGUCACUUUAAGAGAUCACGUGCUGGUUUCCGCUGCACCAAAGCAUCUUUUCGUCUACGCGACGUAUAUUUCUGUGUGUUCGAGGGUCAGUACUGUCGAGGGAAAUAAUAGACAGAUAUUUUUAAUUUUAGAGAUUGAAGGAGUAAACAAGGUUUAUUUUGUGUGUUAAUCAGGAGCUCUAGUUUUGGAAGAGAGAAUGGACAAGUUUCGGGAGUACAAGAUCGUGCCUGAUAUCAUUGACGAUCGACCAGUGGAAGUGUUGUCGGUGCAAUGGAAAAGAACUCGCACAAAGUGUUACCCGGGUGAUACACUUACCCCAACUCAGGUUCACACCAUACCCGUCAUCGAUUGGCGUGCCCGCCACGAAUGCCUCCACACAAUCGUGUUUGUCCACCUCGGACCCGUGGGUGAGCCGGUCGACGAGGAGCUGCAUUGGCUGGUCUUCAACGUCCCCGGAGAAAACAUGGUCAAGGGCCAGGUCCAUGCAGAGUACCUUGAAUCGGGCCCGGGGGAAGGAACAGGAUUUCAUCGCUAUGUUUACCUGGUGUACCGUCAAGAAAGCAAGAUCGACCCGUUUUCCAAGUUUCCCUACAAGCCCCGGCGUCUCGACGGCCGAAAGCCGUGGAACACCCGUGAAUUCGCCAAGAAGUGCAACCUCGGUGAACCGAUAGCGGGAAACUUCUACCUGGCCGAGUUCGAUGAAUCUGUUCCCGGGUUCAUCCAGGAGAUCACCGGCAGCACGGGCCACUUCUUAGACGAUUCAGACUGAUAUCGCUAUCACCAGGCGCAGAUCCAGGGGGCACAGGGGGCACGGCCCCCACCCUUGAGAAGCAAAAAUUAAAAUUUGCAAUGUAAAAAGGCCAUUAAAACCGAGGUGUGCCCCCUCUUUUGAAAUUAAAGACCUUUUUCUUUUUCUUUUUUUGCUUGUCAUUUUUUUUGGGUACGAAAUAUCCUUAAUUUGUGGUUGGAAACCCUUUUUUUUUUUUUUGGGGGGGGGGCUUGUAAAAAUUUGCCUCCGAAAAAUUUGCCCCCCUCCCCCCCUUUAGGAAAAUCCUGGAUCCGCCCCUGGCUACCGCGUAGUGACGAUCACGAACGACAUCACGGUACCAUAUUGGAGCCGGAAGAACUAGGAGGAAUAAAAACCGUAUUACGCAAGCGCAAAUGCUAACUGGUUUCGUCUCAAUGACAUUACUCAUUUCAUUUCAUUUCGUUUAUUUCCAUUUCCAACAUUUAUGGCGUUAAAGCAAAUACGAACCAGCAGCCAUUGUAGCACCACCUCAAGUCCUAAACUACUCAAAUCCAGCCAUCUUGACCCAUAAUGCAACAUUCUCAGCAGUGUAGUCUCAAAAAAUAGGCCCCCUUGAAUGAUAACAUGCUAAUCCGCUACUCAGUACAUUUUAAAUUCGCAUAUACCAAACAUAAUUAUGUUACAAAGGAGCAGAAUAUAUACUUCCCUCUCAUUAACAUUUGUGUCUCUAUUUCGAUAAAAUUAGUGGCAAUUAAUUCUCUGUAUUACCUCAAAAGGUAUAUUUUAAGACUAGCUAUUUAUUUUACACACAGUCAAUGACAGACCACAUUGGUGAUCAGUUCGUUACCCAUUUAAGUCAUACAAAAUGGCGUUGGCUCUGUGAACAGGAUGUGUCGUAAUGGCAACCCAAGUGGACGUUGAGAUCCUGAAAUGUUUCACUAUAGGUCUCACGGGGCUAAGAAAUCCUAAAAAAUAAGGAUGAAAUUCAAGGGUCGAAUGUUUACAACCAGUGGAUAUAUAGGAUAUAUAUCUGACAAUCCAUAUCUGACCAGAAAAGGCUCCCUCGACCGGCUCAUUUUUAAAAUAAAUCGGCAUUUAUGAAGACUUCUCCUGAGGGAUCAAAUUCAUCACCUGAAACAGUAAAAUAGCCCUAAUCCUUCCGCCAGUGAAAUAUAGUUCUAAAGUUGGUGAUACUUCUUCCCGAUUCGGGAAAAGGGAGUUUAGUAGUCACCCUCGAAUACAUUUAGUGUUAGAAGGACAAUCAUAUUCAUAAACUUUGUCAAUCAGCUAUAUCAAAAUAAAAAAAUGAGAAUGGGUUGGCUCGGAUGAAUAUCUUUUGCCCUCCCGUUGUUAACAUUUAGGAUGUGCAGUGCGGCCAUGUUUUAUGAUCCUAUUUUAUCUACCGUCCUCAGUACUCCCGUGAAAAAUCGUAAAGUCCUAAUAUUGUCUUGAUCUCGACUUACUGUGAUGUCGAUGAUUUCCAAUUUUAUUAAUGCGCUAAAUGUAUACUAGUUUUACAUGAUUUGUUUUUCCCCACAAAGAUAUUUUUUGGCUUUUCGAAAUAAUAUAAUCGCAGAUGGUGGUUGCACUUCUGCUAGUAUCCUCCCCAUUUCGAUAUAGACGGAUGUAAUCUGACCGAUUGUUAUGAUUAAUUUAUACCAAUAAAUUUAUGAUAUCAACUUACCUUUUAUGCUUAUUCGUAUUAUAUAUGAUAUAGGGCUUAACAGUGUUUAUUGUCAAUCUUAUAUUGAUUUAUAUCAUUGUAUAAUAGUUAUAUAGGCUAAUGUGUAUUUUAGUGUUUAGAAUUUAAUGAUAGUUCGAAUAGUCUAUGAUAGUCCAAUAACGUUUCUCAGCGCUAUAUUUAUAUACUGUAAAUUCCUUGUGGUUUACAUUGGUGAUUUCAAUUGGUAUUUUUGUAUUUUCUAUACAAUAUUGAUCUAAAACAUGCUCGGAGACAUUAUAGGUUUCUUAGGUUCAAUGUAUGUAAUGGCCGACGUGCUUUUAAUCUCGCGUGGUUUUUAUGGUUUCGUACUGAAGUUCACAUUUUAUUGAUAUAUAGUGCUUCCGCAAUUAAUGAUACAUUUUCCUAAAACGGCAUUGUCUGUAAUACUACAUUAAUGUCAGUGUAAGUGUAAUGUUACCAACACAAACAGGUUUGGUGUUUACUAUGGUUAUUUAUGUUUAACAUUUCUGCCACAUAUCUUGUAAUGAUAUGGCUUCAUGCACUUGUAAUCGUGUAUCAAUAGAAACAAGCAUGUUUAUAUCCAA